AUGAUAUUACUUUCGUACUACAUUCAUAAUAAUACUUCUGCAGGUUCAGUAAAUGGCGGCAUAAAUGACGACUACCCGAGUGGGGAAGCUCCCUACAUAAUAGAGCAGCCACUAGAUGUGACGGUGGCCAGGCACCAACCAGCGACACUGAAUUGCCGAGCUGGGGGCUCUCCAUCGCCCAUCAUACGCUGGUACAAGGCUGGCGUUCUUGUGGUAUCAGACACCCAUAGAAGCUUGUUGCCGGCUGGGGGGCUGUUUUUCCUCAGAGCAACUCAUGGCCGGGCACACUCGGACGCUGGAGUAUACUGGUGUGAGGCAACAAAUGCUUAUGGAACAGCAAGGAGUCGAAAUGCGACAUUGCACGUAGCCGUCCUCCGAGAAGAAUUUCGUCUUGAGCCAGUAACUACUCAGACAGCUCAGGGUGAGACAGUUAUAUUAGAAUGUUUACCACCCCGAGGCUCACCAGAACCAACCGUAUAUUGGAAGAAAAAUGGACAAAUAUUACAUUUCGAUGGUGAUUCUAGAAUGCACUUGGUUGAUGGAGGUAGUCUAGUGAUACAAGAUGCUAGGCAGACAGAUAGUGGACGAUACCAAUGUAUUGCAAGAAAUGCAGCCGGUACUAGGGAAUCAGUUACUGCAACACUCAGAGUGCAUAUUAAGCCAUAUUUGAUGACGGGGCCCGAAGACGUCGUCGCGGAAACUGGCGGGAGCGUGACGUUUCAGUGUCUGGUGGGUGGCGACCCCUUACCUGACGUAUUGUGGCGUCGAACGGCGGGAGGGGGGGAAUAUGCCACUCGGGCGCUCGGCGCAGUUAGCGCCAGCGGUUAUUUAACCGUGUAUGAUCCGCCAACAAUAACUUUAAAACCAAACUCCGCUAUUGUUGAAAGUGGCUCAAGUGCAACCUACACCUGUAGCGCCACGGGUAAACCGGAGCCAACAAUAUUCUGGAGUCUCGAAGGAAAUAGGUCAAUUAUAUUCCCGGGCACGUCGCGGGGUAAAUAUAACGCUUCGCCCGUCAUAGACGGCGUCACAACAUUGACAAUAAACGGAACAAAUAAAAAUGAUAGCGGCAAUACGAUAGUUUGUUCAGCGGUCAACUUCGCCGGUAGUUCACUAGUUAGAGGAAAACUAACUGUGACGUCAGACGACGACCGGCCACCUCCAAUCAUAACAAACGGCCCCUCUAACCAAACGUUACCUAUAGGGUCAAUGGCCGUUUUCCCCUGCUCGGCUAUAGGCACACCUGAACCUAUAAUAGCCUGGUACUUUGAAGGAGAGGCACUGAUACAAAAUCGUAGAAGGAAUAUUUCCAAUGACGGCACAUUGGUUUUAAAGGAUAUGGAUAGAACUGAUAGCGGUACAUAUACCUGUGUCGCGUCAUCUCCUCACGGUAAAUAUGUAUGGAGUGGAGUACUCACUGUGGACAAUCCAAAAAAUCCAAACAUUAAUUUCUUUAGAGCCGCCGAUAUUUCUGCUUUACCGGGACCUCCAACUAAACCGCAUAUCUAUAAUGUUACCAAUAAUAGCGUAACAAUAUCAUGGAACCAAAAUAACAAAAUUGGGUCAUCCUCCAUACUUGGAUAUCAGGUUGAAGUAUUCUCCAGAGAGUCGCUGUCGGGAAGCAAUACGCCGCGAAAUUCGAGAGGCUGGGUUAUAGUUGCUAAGAAAGUACACCAAACUCACUAUGUAGUGAAAUCAUUAAUACCGGGUAUAACAUACAUGUUUAUUGUGAGAGCGGAAAACUCGCAUGGACUAUCAAGUCCGAGCCCCGUCUCAGAUUCGAUUACCGUCGGCGAAGACUCGUGGAAUGGGUCAAAUAACACAGAGUACAGGAAAAAUAUAAUGACAGAUAGCAUAGUGGAACUUAUUGAGGCGACGCCAAUCGACGCAACGACAAUAAAGCUUAUGUGGAAAAUAUUAAAUUUCUUCUAUUUAGAAGGAUUGUUUAUAUACUUUAGACCCCUAGACAAUACAACGACCGAGUACGAUAUGAAGACUAUUUUACAUUCCAACGACGUAUCUGGAUAUGAAAUAACGUCUCUCCGAAAAUAUAUGAGAUAUGAAUUUUUCCUUGUGCCAUUCUAUAAGAAAUUUGAGGGUAAACCUUCCAAUUCAAGAAUAACACAGACGCUGGACGAUGUACCCGACGGACCACCUACGAACAUUGAAAUGUUUAUCGUAAACAUGACCACAGUCCAUUUAAAAUGGCAGCCACCGGAACCUCACUUACAAAAUGGCAUCAUUACUGGUUACAAUGUUGUCGUUAAUUGGCUGGACAUACCGGCAAAUAAGUCAAUGAUUGCAAUCAACACCACUGUUCAACAAGCUACUAGCCUCAUAAUGACAAAUUUAACCUCCGGCGUGAGCUACUCCGUUCAAAUUGCAGCGGAAAAUAUAAUAGGCUUAGGCCCCUUUUGCCAAAAAGUGUAUCUUAAUAUUGACACAAGAUCGAUAGGACUGGAUCCAUUGUCGAGAUACCCAAACAAUGGCGAAGUAUCUAUCGUAGCAGGGGAUUUCGUACUCGAGUCAUGGUUUUAUUUUUUAAUUGGCGCUAUUGUACUAUUCAAAGUCAUAAUGAUCGCCGGUAUUAUUUACAUACGAAAAAACAAUAUUUUUGCUAAAAAAUCAGCGCUACCGAACAUUUACGAUUCAAAUGGAACAAGUUUAGUAACACAAAUGAACAUAAAAGCGGCCGUAUCAUUGUCACAUCCAUUAAGUAGUUGUUAUAACAAAAACACCGUAACCAAAACUGAAUCAUUAUUGUGGAUGGAAAAUCAACCAGGGUUAUGUAUGUCAACGAAUCAUUCAAAUCAAAGUAAAGAGAAGACUAACUCGGAUUAUGACAAGGUUGCUCAUCCUCUGCCUGAAUAUGCAGAGGUGACAGCAUCCAGGGUGAAUGCAAACGAGUGGAACACGAGCAAAACUGCUACGUCUCCUGCUGCGUAUGCAUCGGUCACUCUAGUUGCUAACACCAGACAAUGCGUCAGUUCCUUGGGUUGGUUUCCGCCGGUUGGAAAAAACGUAGAUAGUUUCGACGCUCGUUACGCUCCCGACGAAGAGUUAUAUCCUGCCAGCAACGGAGGCUACUACAACAGAAACGUGUACAGCGAAAAAUAUUUCCAAGGCCAUCCGAAUGUACUGAAAUUCUACGAUAUUCCAUCGCUGGAGAAAACACAAAAGGCCCAAUUGAGAUAUAAUCAAAGCCUCGAAGACAGGAAAAGUGAUAAAAAUACGCCCGAAGUUACACAGUCAUUAAUUGGAAGAACUUACGGGGUGAAUUCAAGAAAAAACUCCGAAUCAGAGUCGACUUACCGCGCUUUCGGCGUGGAGGAAUCUGACGAUGAAAACUACGAUGAGAACGGCGGCUACGAUGAGCUCCAAUCGAUGCAGCCACAGAAGCGCCCAAAGCACCAAUACGAAAGGCCAAACUUCGACAACGACGGGUCACGGACGCUCGCAAGAUUUACGUCAUUCAGACAUGCACAGAACACAACGAAUGGAACUCAGCCGUCACUUGCACCUUCUGUUCCGACUUCACAUCCACGCGAUUCAGUGACGCGGUAG